UAUAAUAGUAUAGAUGGUUCAUAAAAACCUGACUAGGAUUAUUAUCCUUAAAAAAAUGAGAGAGAUAGAUUGGGAAGAAAGGACUAAAAAGAAGAAACAGAUUUAGAAGUCUAAUGGGUCUGACACGUCGACUCCCUUCAAGAAAAGUAAAACCCAGGCGGUAGCCCCGCGCAGGACCCCACCUAAAGAAAGUACCCCACCUAAAGAAAGGCGCAAGACGGAAAUAACUAACUGCAGGUAAGAUAAAGCAGCUGAAACUAUGUCUGAAAGACCUUCCCGCGGGAGAGCCUUCGCCGAUGUGAAUAAACAGAGCAAACCGAAGCUAGAAUUUCGUGAUGCAGCUCCACGGAACACCAUCUGCUCUUGGAUUCCACAUGCCUGCAGAGUGGGAAACCCACACUCAGUGUUGGAUGGGUUGGCCAGAACGCCCUGAUAACUGGCGAGAGAACGCUGGACCCGCCCAACAUGUGUUUGCGAGGGUGGCAACUGCCAUCUCAAAAUUUGAGCCUGUUACUGUUUGUGUUAGUUCUGUCCAGUGGGUGAACGCACGAAGUCAGUUACCUGAACAUAUCAGGGUGGUUGAGACGAAUAUGAAUGAUUCUUGGUUUCGUGAUACUGGACCCACUUUUGUUGUGAGAAGAAGCACGACAACAGAGUCUGGUGGUGCAGUUGACAGAAUUGCAGGGAUUGACUGGCAAUUUAAUAGUUGGGGGGGUUCAGAAGGUGGAUGCUAUACUGAUUGGAGUCUUGAUUUGCUUGUGGCUAAGAAGAUUUUGGAAAUUGAGAAGAUUCCUAGAUUUCGGCAAUCGAUGGUGCUUGAAGGUGGAAGUAUCCAUGUGGAUGGAGAAGGAACCUGUCUUACAACAGAAGAGUGCCUCUUGAACAAGAACAGGAAUCCUAACUUGAGUAAGGACCAAAUAGAGGAUGAACUUAAGACAUAUCUUGGAGUCAGGAAGGUUAUAUGGUUGCCUCGUGGAUUAUAUGGGGAUGAUGACACGAAUGGUCACAUUGAUAACAUGUGCUGUUUUGUGAGGCCUGGUGUGGUUAUGCUGUCUUGGAUUGAAGACGAAACUGAUCCUCAGUAUGGAAGAUCUAAAGAAGCUUAUUCUUUGCUUUCAAGUGAAACAGAUGCUAAUGGUAGAAAGUUUGAAAUCAUUAAAAUCCAUGUUCCCGGUCCACUCUAUAUGACAGAGCACGAGUCUGAUGGGAUUUCCCAGGACGGUGAGGCUAAGUCAAGACUUCCCGGUACUAGGCUUGCUGCUUCCUACGUAAACUUUUACAUUGCAAACAAAGCUAUCAUUGCACCACAAUUUGGAGAUAGAAAGUGGGAUGACGAAGCUAUCCGAGUCUUAUCUAAUGCAUUCCCUCAUCAUGAAGUUGUAGGAGUUGAAGGUGCCAGGGAGAUUGUUUUGGGCGGUGGAAACAUACACUGCAUUACUCAGCAACAACCAGCAGUUUAAUCAGCCGCCAUGUCAAUAUUCCUUGACAGGUUUUCAGAAUGAUUAUGAGAUGGAAAACCGAGGAAAAUAAAAUCAGAUUUAUUAAUUUUAAAUCUCGGGAUAUCGUGGUUACUCUCUGAAAUAAAUCCCAUUUAUUUCACUUAUCAAAGGAACAAUAGUUUUUAUUUUGCUACCAAGUUGUAGAAAAUGGAUCCUGCGUGGUUUUUGGCGUUCAGGCACCCAGUAUUUGAUAAAGAAAAGCAGUGCAGAUCAUUCUGUAGGUCUUGAAAUGAAAUAACAAAUUUUUGAUACUCCGUAUUAAAUAUGCACGUAUUGGAAGAUAUCUCGGAAGUUGGGUUUUGUAUUAGUUGACGAUGAAAAAGAAUUAUUGUGAAUUGGUAGAGGCUGUAAAGAUGUGAUUUAUAUUUUUA